AUGCAACAUGUUAUCGAUGCACAUCUCUGUGCCUUAAAUGCAAUUCAGAAAGUCCUAAUGAUUGCAAAAGUUGUAUUGUAGGAUAUUAUUUAUAUAAAAAAUAAUGUUUAAAUUGUGAAAUGCCUUGUUUAUCAUGCGUUUUUUUAUAAUAUAUGUACAGAGUGUGUUAAAGGAUAUUUUUUAGAUGGUAAUGAAUGCAUAUAAUGUCCGGUUCAAAGCACAGGUUCAUGUGUAAAAUAAUCAUCUUAUAUCUAAUGUUAUGAAUGCAAUGAAGGAUAUUAUUAAGGAACAACUGAUUGCCUAUAAUGCAAGGCUCCUUGCAAGACUUGUAAAUCAACAGAAGAUUCCUGCACUUCUUGUAUUAGUGGAUACUACCUUGCCAUCAAUAAUUUAUGUUCAAAAUGCCCAACAAAUCAUUGUAGUAAUUGUUAAAUAUCAUCUGGAGAGCGUCUAGCUUGCGAUUAUGGAUAUCUUCUUAUAAGUCCUGAGUAAUGUACUGAAUGUACAACAUGUACUUGUGAAACUCAUUAUUAUUAUGAUUGGGAUGAAAUAGUAUCUUCAAAUAAAUGUAAAGAAUGUGAUCUGGAAUGUGUAAGUUGCUAUGCUUCAUCUACAAAUUGCCUGAGUAAUUAAUAUAUCGAUCCUACAGAUACAAUAUAGAUGAUAAACUUUAAGUAUAUUUGUAUGAAUAGUAAAGAUAUUCAAUAUUUACAUGGAAUAUCCAUUUAAUUAAAAUAGACUAAUUCCUAAUCAUCAAAAUACUAUAUUAUUGAUUGUUAUAACUGUUAUAAUUGCAAUUCAAAAUGUGAAAUCUGUCAAAAUUCAACAACAUGCACAUCUUGUACCUAAUUCUCGUUUUUAACUAAUGAUAAGAAUUGUGCAGCAUGCAAUUCACCUUGUUUAAAAUGUACAAGUAACACCUAAUGUACAUCAUGCGUAGAUGGUUUUUAUUUCGAUGGUACAAAUUAUAUAAAAUGCAAUUCAAAAUGUGCUUAAUGUGAAUCUGCUACUAAAUGUACAAUUUGCAUUUAGGAUGGACAUACUUAUUAUAAAAGUGAUUAUACUUGUAAUUCAUGCGAUAAUAAUUGCUUAGAGUGUUAUAACAGGGGAUGUGCGAAAUGUGAUGAUGGUUAUUAUGCAGAUGGCCAAUCUUUUACUGCCUGUAACGCUAAUUGUAAGUCAUGUUCAAACAUAAAUUGUUUUGAAUGCAAAGGAAGUUAUUAUCUAGAAGGUUAAAACUGUGUGAAAUGUUAAGAUUUCUGUUUAUAAUGCACUUCAUCUUAAUGCAAUUAAUGCUAAACUGGAUAUUAUAUAAAAUGGAUAAAAUUGCCUAGAAUGUAUGCAAAAUUGUUAGAAAUGUGACUCAGAAGCACGUUGUGAAUCCUGCAAACCCGGAUUUUUCUUUAAUUAGUAGAAUUUGAAUGUUCACCAUGCCUCGAUAUUUAUUUAUCAUGUACUUCCGAAAAAUGUACAAAUUGUCAAACUGGAUACUACAAUAAUGGGCAUUUAUGUGAAAAAUGUUAAACCAAUUGUUUAUCAUGUACAUCAACUACAUGCAAUCAAUGUGCAGGUCCAUAUUAAGUUUAUUAAAAUAUUUGUGUCCUAUGUUAAACCGGAUGUACAAUAUGUACACAACAGGAAUGUCAAUGAUGUGAUAGAAUGUAUUAUUUGGACCCACCUCUAAAUAGUGUGUGGAUUUUAAUUCAAAUUGUUUGAGUUGCACAGUGCAAGAGUGUUCGUAUUGCAAAACUGGUUAUUAUUGCAAAGAGAAAGAUUGUUUGUAGUGUAAUAGCAAUUGCGUAUCCUGUGAUGCUACAUCUUGCCUUGAAUGUCAACCAUAAUAUUACUUAGAUCAAAUUAAUUGUGUUAAAUGCAAAGAUAAUUGCGAGUCAUGUUCAAGUAUUGAGUGUUUUUCAAUGCAAAACUGGUAUUAUUUGCAAUAAAAACAAUGUACUCAAUGCAAUCAUUCCUGUAAAGAAUGCACAAGUGAGACUUCUUGUCAAAAGUGCAAUAAUAAUAAUUAUCUUGAAGCCGACAAAUGUGUUAGUUGUUCUUCAAAUUGUGCUACUUGCUUAAAAAAAGAUGAAUGUACUUACUGUGCUUAAAGAUACAGAUUAGAAAAUAAAUAAUGUGUUACUUGUCCAUCCUAUUGUUAAGUUUAUACUGCUUCUUAAUGUUCACAAUGCUAAUCUGGAUUUUGCUUAUAAAAUUCUAUAUGUUCUGCUUGUCCAUCCAAAUGUCUAUAGUGUUAAAGUGAUAAUUCUGUCUAAUGUUCAGUCUGCGAUGAUAGUGGAAAAGGCAAAGAUGAAGGUAAUUUAAGUAACUUUAACGAAGGCUAAUAAUAUAGUAUUGAGGAUAAAAUAUGCUAUUGUAAUUUAUUAUAAAUUAUCAUAGCUUGUGAAGUUGAGCAUUGUUAAACCUGCACCUCAUCCGAAACUUGUAAAACUUGCUCAUCUGGGUAUAGUUUAGAGGAAAAUCAAGCUUGUGUUUAAAACUCAAAAGCUGCAAAACAAGCAGUCUCUAUUGCAAUUGGUACUAUUGUAGGAGGAGCUGCAAUUGUUAUAGUGGCCAUUGUAUUGAAAAAGCUAGCCGUUGUUCAUGUUAUACCGAAAUUAUUUAAUAACUUACCUAUUAAAUUCAGCCCAUAUAGAGUUAAUAGUGGGGCAACUCUAUCCAAAUGGGAAUAAAUACCUAAUGUUUCUGAAUAGGAGUUUUAGGAUGCAAUCUUUAAAGUAGAACAAGGAGAACAGUGA